AUGGUCCAUUCCUCAGUGAUCAAACACAGUCGUAAGCAUUCCGUUGAUGACUGGAUCCGAGCUGGCAGUAAGCCCAGCUUCAAUAAACUAAAGGCUCUGCUGGCUGGUGGAGGCUUCUCCACGUGGACUUACCGCCAAGGCUACGACGUCAGUAUUCCUGUGUACAGCCCCUUGUCAGGGGAAGUGGAUCUGCCAGAAAGAGGACCUGGUCCUCGCAGGUAUUUCAUUCUGUCAUCUCAAAUGGCUCUGCACCCAGAAUACCGGUCCGAGUUGGAAGCUCUUCAAGCUGAGAAUGGAGAAUCAGUGCUGAUCCUAGACAAAUGUACCAAUCUGUCAGAUGGGAUCCCUGCUCUUCGCAAACGCUGUCACAAGAAUCAAGUCUUUGAUUAUCCUCAAGUGCUUCAGGAGUCUACAUUCUGUGUCGUCCUACGUGGAGCCCGCCUGGGACAGGCUGUGCUGAGUGAUGUUCUCCAAGCUGGCUGUGUCCCAGUCAUCAUUGCUGACUCCUACAUUUUACCUUUCUCUGAGGUUCUGGACUGGAAGAGAGCCUCUGUUGUCAUCCCUGAAGAAAAGAUGCCUGAGAUGUACAGUAUUCUGCAAAGUGUCCCCCAGCGACAGAUCGAAGAGAUGCAAAGACAGGCAAGGUGGUUUUGGGAAGCGUAUUUUCGAUCGAUGAAAGCGAUUGCUCUUGCUACUCUUCAGAUUAUCAAUGACAGAAUUUACCCAUAUGCUGCCAUUUCUUAUGAGGAAUGGAAUGAUCCCCCAGCUGUG